CUUCUAUCGUGACUGAAGCGUUCUUUUGAUGGCGGCGUUAGGGCUUCGUCAACCUCAAUUCUCCGAGGAUUUAGCUUGGCUUCCUGCUUGGUUGCAGCAUCCUCCAGCUGACCCAUUCAGUGAGCACACUAAGGAACCUCAAACUCCUUCUGAGCAAGUGGUGAAGGAUCAGGGAUUUCUUCAAUGGAAUAUUGCUGAAGGAGAAGAUGGGAAUUUGUUAUUGAGGGAAGAAGGUAGAUAUAACAGUUGUCAUUUAUUCUUAUCUGGAGAAGACAACUCACCAAUAACCUCUGCACCAGUUUCCGCAAAUGUGCUGCAUUUUUGUCUACAUCUGUCGGCAGAUGGUAAUUCACAGAGCACACCAAGUCCGUUUGCAGAUAUCUCCCAAGAAGUCAGGCCAGAAUCGAAUAAUGUUAUAUUAACUAGACAAGUUGAAACUUUGGCUGCACCAGUAGAGAAGGCCAGUCAAUCCAAGUUGGAACGUACCGCUGGAGUAGUAAAGUUACUGCCUCUAACGUCCAGCCCUACAACAUUGGAGAAUGCUAGCCCUCAAUCUGUCACCAGUAAUAAUGAUAGCAAGAGAAUGUAUGAAGAAAAACCAAGUAUCAGGUGCCUUAAAGUUGCUGAAGUAGAUGAUGCAGUUGAACUCUCUAUUGCAGCAUCUGAAGCAUUGGUCAUACAUGAAUUACUAAAGAGCGAGUCUCCUUCAGAAGCUUUCCCAGCAGCGGCUGUACUUGAGGUUGCCCUUCGGGUUAAGCAAGCACGGUUGGAAAUGUUGGAAGAUUCUGUCCAUCACCCAAUUGAGGAAGUUGAUUUUCUGUCAGAUUUGGUUGACUCUGCUAUGGAAGAUGUAUUUGAAGAUGUUGGGUUAUUUGAUGUUGGCUCUCAUGAUCAGUGUUCAGGUGGUUCAAUUAUGUCUAGAGUUGAAGACACUCCAAUCUCAGGAAAUCAUUGUGGCUUUGAUGAUAAAUCUAAACAUGUGGAUCCUGGGGCUCAGAAUGUUGACUCUGAUGACAUUUCAAUACAAAACCGGCCAGAAGAAAUUUUGGAUGUUGAUAUAGGACUAAGGAACUUACCAUUAGAAUCUCUCUAUUGUGAGGGACAAGAUAAUCUUUCUGAUGAUCCAGCUUUUGGUUUGAAUGCCACAUGUGUUGCAAGCCCCAAUAAUCCCAUGUUGCACCAAUCUGUCCAAGAAAAUGCAAAUAUUAAAGCAUUUGACCAAAUACGGAGGGAAGUUGGCAUGUCCAUGGUGGGUAUAACUUCAUUUCAGCAUCAAGUUGAUGUAGACUCUCCUCCAAUUGCUUGGAAUCCAGUAAAUGGGGAGGGAGAAGGUACUUAUUUGGUUCCAGACAGAUUCAGAAGUCGCUGGUUUGGUGGCUGGACAGGAAAGGAAGUAGGUGCUUCUGUACUCAUGAAACAAGCUAACCCUAAAAGCAUCCCAAAGCUUUUUGUUGGGGAAACAAGUUUUCUAUCAGAAUCUGCAGACGUAGCCCCAGAUGAAAACUCCUUUGUGCCGAAAAAUGAAACAAGCUCCAAGUUAGCUUCACAGUCCAGCAUACCAUUUGAAGGUUUAUGUGACAAAGCUAAUGAGGAAAUACUUCUUUCUCAAGUGCAAUCUUCUAGUUUAUCCUUGGUAGAUCCUCUUUGUUCUGUUGUUCCAUGCAGUAUUUCUUUAGAAAAUGAUGGUUCGGCUAUAGAUCAGAAUCAGAAUGAUAAAGAAGUUGAUGCUGGAAACUGUUUCAGUCCCACAUUAGAAGUUGGGAAGGGGGAUAUGAUGCAAAGGGCUUCAGGUCUCGAUGUUAAUUUUUUUCAUGCAGAAGGGCAAGAUGUACCCAUCAUCGAUGGAAAAGGUUCUGGAGACACCAUUCGAAGGCAGUUAACCUCACUUAAGUCCUAUAGUAGGCUCUUAUCUAGCCAUGGUGCCUUUUCAAAGAGGGUAAACACAUACUGCAACCGUUCAUUCCCAGUAGACUGCAAUUGGAAAUUUCUUUCCUCUAGGCCAAAAAUGGACCAAUUCAGAUCUUUUGGUAAAAGUGAUUCCCCAGGAAUCUUUCCUUGCAUUUCUUCUGGUAGAAGUGAUUUCACAGAACUCCUUCCUUUCACUUCCAUGUCAAAGUAUGCUAUCAGUAGAGAUUAUGAAUAUAAUCAUGAUACUUCUGUUAUAAGGGAUCCAGUCACUUCAUUAACAAAUGAAAAAGGAAAUUGUGAUGAGCCUACAAAUACUGGGCCUUCGCUUCAGGUUCAUAUGCCAAAAAAAGGGAACUCACCUCUUAUUUUAAACCAAAGGAUGCACUACCAGCUUCAGGCCUCUAAACAUUUUAUAAACAAUUCCAGUGGGGAAGAAAAUUCAAAAGGGACUGCAGUACCAGAUAUAAUAGUUGGGAUUCAGCAGAGCGAAAACCUUGAAAUGCCACAACCUGAAUUUCACAAUGUCCACAGUACUCAAGUUCAAAUAAGAAAGCGGGUUCGUUUCUCAGAAGCUAAUGUCCAGCAUCCACAGAACAAGAACGUCCACAACAUACAAACUGCUUAUAAGACUCGUUCAACUUCCAGAGCUUUUAAAAGGUUGAAAAGUUCUAACCCUGGCUUAGACUCUAGAACUCACAAAGUGAAAUGGUAUAUGACAAAUUGCUGCAUCAAUGAGAAAUUGAUAUUUCAAGGUCUAGAGUUCUUGCUCACAGGAUUUUCUAGUUGCAAGGAAAAAGAAAUUGAAGGAUUGAUAAGGAAAUAUGGUGGUAUUGUUCUCCCUGAUAUUCCAUCUCCUUCAAAUUCAAGGAGAAAGAGAAACUCAAACUUUAAUCAAAAGCAUCUUCCCAUCGUUCUAUGUUCAAAGAAGCUUCAAACCACCAAAUUCUUAUAUGGAUGUGCAGUGAAUACCUUCAUGCUUAAAGUUGAUUGGCUUAAUAACUCAGUUGCAGCAGGUUCUGUAUUGCCACCUGGGAAGUACAUGAUUCUGUCAAAUGAAGGUGAUAAAAAACGUAUCAGAAUUGGAAAGCCAAUCCAUCGUGAGAAUCAUAAAUAUAUCUUUGAGAAAGUAGGAAUAAUGCUCCAUGGGAAGCACAGUUUCUGCUCCAAAUUUGCAAAAAUUUUCAGGCACGGAGGAGGCCAGGUGUUUAAAACCCUUCAAUGCUUGGUCCAAAGUCUUGACACUGAAAGCAUUUCUGUGGGAGCUAUUGUUGCUGAGGAUGAGAGUAGGGCAUCACGACACCUACGACUAUGUGCCUCUGAGAGGAAAAUACCCAUGAUGCCAGCUAGCUGGAUCAUAAACAGCUUACACUUAGGAAGGCUCCUUCCUCUCACAGAGAACAAGCAUUCCUCUCCUUUGACCAGGAUCAUGGUUCAGGAGCUUCCUACUUCCAUGGAAUUCAGUGCAGAGAUAUGAAAUUUGCUUCCUUUAUAUCUUGCUACCAGGUAACUGAUUUAGGACAAAGCAUUGUCAAACAAUGUGAUGAUGCUGCAGUACAGAUUUUUUCACUUCCACAAGUCACUCCCUACAGCUAGAUGUAUACACAUCUCGAUGGAGAUCAAGACAAGUGUUUUCAAACUCUCUAUUCACAGUUGUUGAAGAGUAUAGCAGUGAGUGCAGAGAACUGCUCCCAACCCUUCCCACAGAGAAAUUGGGAUGGCACAUAUCUGUAUCAAUACCAAGGCUUUUGGUUCCUAGAAUACUUAAAGAGUAUCAUCUCCUUUCAAAGACACUUCCAAGCAGCAUCCCAAAAUCAGGUGCCACUCCCUCUCAACCAGAGUCCAUUGCUCACUACCAACCCUCGUGAUUGUGCCCUUCUUGGAGGUUGACCUUUAUUUCAUAAAAAAGGAAUGUCCUAAUCUCCAAGACCUUCCUUGCCCAAAAGUUUUUGCAACCCAUACACCCUUUUCAUUGUUGCCAGCAUCCAUUUAGGAUUCCAAGUGUCGAAUUGUUUAUAUAUGUCGAAAUCCAUUGGACAGGUUCACCUCUUUAUGGCAUUUCAUCAACGCCAUUCUAACUCAGUCGUUCGAGCCAACUUCACUAGAGCAUAUGGGUUGGAGAUGUUCUGCCGGGACAUAGAAGAAUGCGGACCCUUCUGGGACCAUGUACUGGAGUAAUGGAAAAUGAGCAUAUAGAGAGACCGGAGAAGGUGCUGUAUCUGAAAUAUGAAGAUUUCGAGGAUAUCAUCACCCACAUGAAAAGGUUAGCACACUCUUUCGGCGUUCCUUCUUCUGAGGAAGAGAAACAAGGAAUGAUAGAGGAAAUAUCAAGGUUGUGUAGUUUUCAGAGCCUUAAAAAUUUGGAGGUGAACAAGUCUGGAAAACGCCCCGGCAUCAUAGCAUUUCAAAAUACUGCCUCACUUCAGGAUAGGCAAGGUGGGAGAUUUGGCCAUCAUGUGAGCCCUUCCAUGGCAGCGCAGAUAACAACUAUCAUGGAAGAAAAACUCAAGAGGCUCUGGUUUAUCCUUCGACAUGACUUGAUAUAUUCAAAAGGAGGACAGUUAAUGGCAAUAGUGCUGCUCCCCCCAGUUUUAUGUCUUACAUCUGUCUAAAUAUCCAUUAGUUUUUUUCAGUUCGUCUGCAUUAUGCACCCUUGUUUCAGGCUUUAAUGUACAGGUUGUAUUAGACUUUAAUGUAUUUGGUUGUAUACAACCAUCAGCAUUCGUUUUCUUGUAGUUGUUUGUGUGUGUGAAAAUGCAGCUAAUAAUAAAGAGUUCAAUAUAUUGGUUGGUUUAAUGUA